AAACCACAGCGAAUCGUUUUAACAGGAUGUGGGCUUGUCCUAAACGAAUGUCCCGUCAUCCACCGCGGUCCUAUUUGUUUUUUACCAACGCUCAUUAUACACAAACAGUUACACAUCAUCGAAGUGCGAGAUCUGACGGGAGAGAAGCUACAAUGGCUCCACGUAUGGAUGAUGUCAUGCAACUAUGCUGUGACCUGUCUGCAAAUCAGCAGAUUAAAGCAGCAGUGAAGAAUUCUGGGAAAGGAUCAGCAGUGGCAGGAGGGACUGCAUUUUUAGGAGGUCUUCUAGGUGGUCCCCCAGGGAUUGCUGUUGGUGGUGCAGUAGGUGGCCUGUUGGGAUGGUGGAUGACCAGUGGACAGUUCAGACCUCUCCCUCAGAUCAUCAUGGAGCUGCCUCCCCACCAGCAGCAGAGGCUCUAUGCUGAUAUCAUGGCCGUUUUGGGCUCACUGGACUGGACAGACCUGGCCCAGCUGACCGCUCUGGUCAUAGGGAAUUCUACUCUCCAGCAGCAGGUCACUGCUGCCCUACUCAGUUAUAUCACAAAGGAACUGAGAGCAGAGGUGAGAUAUGGGGACUGAUCUACACAGACGGAAUAUCUGGAGGAACUUAGAACACACAUUUGCUGCCUUUUGAAAGAAACAACUUUUUGUACUCAAAUUCAACUCCAGCUUAUUUUUGGAGACUGAAAUAACCUUCACUGGAAGAGGCCUUAUGGAGUUAAUACAUCGAGGCUCAUGUCAGACCUGUCAUGUCACCCAAUAUCUGAUCAUAUCCUUUGUUAAAGCACUUAAUGGACAAUUCCACCACUUUUUCACGUGAUUUUCAUUAUCUCCAGAACAAUACCAGUGUCUACAUAUGUGAAAAUGGCACAUUUCUAUGUUUUGCAGAAACAAAUAUGAAGUUAAAAGUUCUACCCAAUGACAUCAUCCAAAGUUAGAACAUAUUUAAAAACAGUGAUUUUCAAACACUUUGAGACUCGCAGUGACGUGAGGAGCAAGAAAAUACCCUCUGGCUAGAAACUUUUUUUGAAAAUCACGGUUUUGUUACUUUUACUCCUAGCCUGUUAUGUCACAGAGAAGCAUUUUUUUUAAUGAAUUUAUCUUUUUCACCACAGAUCAUAAAAACACGCUGUUUUUACAUACUGCAUGUAGACACUGGUAUGGCGCUGGAGAUGAUGAAUGUGAGGUGGAAAAGUGGUGGAAUUGCCCUUUAAUGUACACAUUUGUUUGGUUUUAGUUGAGAGCGUUUUACCUCUGAAUGUAGCGGUAUGAUUGAAACUUCUCUUGUAAGAACAGUCCAGCGGUUAAUCAAUAUGGUGCACUUUAUUUGUACUGUAGGGCAUCAUUUGUUGCCAAUAUUCUGCACUGAAAUGUACACGUUGAAUAUUGUUGUGCAUUUAUAAUUGACAUUUAUUUGCAACAAAGACAAUGACAAAAUAACCCUGAUCACUCCUCUUGUAAGUGUGCCUGGGAUCUCAAGCGACUCAUGCGUUGUGAACAUGGUAAGAGAUGAGUACUUCUGAGAAACCGGCCUUAAUACUUCUGGGGCAUAAUGGUGAUAAGUCCCACCCAGUCCUAUAAUUAACUAAUUGGGAAAAUCUUGGACACUUUUUGUAAUGCUCUGUACUGAAGUGUUUAUAUGAAAAUCAUGAUAAAUUAAGUAAAGGUCAAAGGUGACUUGUAUGAUCACCACAAGCUUUUAGUAUGACAUAAUUAAGCCAGAAAACAUGUUGUUUCAGUGAAUCAACUGACAGUUUCGUAAAGGGAAAUUCAACCACUUAACACGUUAUUUGUAAGAAAAGGAAGACAAUGCUACGCAAUGUAAUCUCUCCUGGACAGAUGCAUGCAUGUAACAGAAUGGUAUCUGAUCUGAUGCAAUUACGCAGUAUUUUUGUUCUGGCUUUCUGAAAUGGAACGCAAUGUGACAUAGUUCCUCUUUUUCAAUGUUUCAAAUGUAGACUUUUGAAUAAUACUAGAAUCUUAAGGUAUCAAAGCACUUUUUGAAGUAUGUGCAAAGGUUGUUUGUUGUGAUGCCUCUGUGCAUUUUCUUUUUUUUUUUCUAGACGUUUCCUUGUUCCUUCUUUGCAAGCAAAUGUAGUCAUGGAGGUUGUCAUAACAUCAUACAGAGAAAGAUAGAUUAUUAAUCUCCAGGAGAAAUUUCAUAAGAAGUUAUGUCAUUCGUUUCUGAGAGAUGGUUGUUAGUCUUGUAGGAGUGGCUUACUAAUAAACAGUUUAAUCACAGCUUUUUCAAAUUCCAA